UGGCUCAAGUUCAGCCGAUCCGCGUUCUACACUCUGCUACUCACGUCUGUCCCCUCCGCUUUAGCGUGUAAGGUUCCAUCGCUGGCUCGGUGCUCGGUUGCUUUCCCUGGGUGCGGGCAGCAUGGCGGCGGUGUUGGAGGCCGGCUCUGCGGGCCAGUUUGAGCAGCUGAUACAGAACAGCGCAAAGUCUCUCACAGUUGUUCAUUUUUGGGCGCCAUGGGCUCCACAGUGCACCCAAAUGAACGAAGUCAUGGCUGAACUGGCGAAGGAGCAGCCUCAGGUUAUGUUUGUAAAGCUUGAAGCCGAAGCCGUUCCAGAAGUGUCGGAAAAGUAUGAAGUUACCUCCGUGCCAACCUUUUUGUUUUUUAAGAACUCUCAGAAGAUUGACAGACUGGAUGGUGCCCAUGCGCCGGAGCUUACAAAGAGGGUUCAACGCCAUGCUUCAAGCACCUCUUUUCCAGCUACCCCCAACAGUGCUCCCAAAGAAGACCUCAAUGGCAGACUGAAAAAGUUGAUUAACGCUGCUCCAUGCAUGCUGUUCAUGAAAGGAUCUCCCCAGGAGCCAAGAUGCGGGUUCAGCAGGCAGAUUGUGGCUCUCCUUAACGAUCAAAAGGUCCAGUUCAGCAGUUUUGAUAUCCUGUCAGACGAGGAAGUCCGCCAGGGCCUAAAAACCUUUUCCAACUGGCCCACUUAUCCCCAGUUUUAUGUCAAGGGUGAACUGGUGGGAGGACUCGAUAUUGUGAAGGAAAUGGUGGCAUCAGGAGAACUGGACCAAAUGUGCCCCAAAGCCCAGAGUCUAGAGGAGAGGCUGAAGGCACUUGUGAACAAAGCCCCAGUCAUGCUGUUUAUGAAAGGGAACAAAGAGAUGGCAAAGUGUGGAUUCAGCAGGCAGAUUCUAGAAAUAAUGAACAACACGGGUGUUACCUACGAAACAUUUGAUAUACUGGAAGAUGAAGAAGUGCGUCAAGGUUUAAAAGCCUAUUCCAAUUGGCCCACCUAUCCUCAACUUUACGUUAAAGGAGAACUUGUCGGGGGGCUGGACAUCAUUAAGGAGUUAAAAGAAAGUGGCGAAUUGGUUUCAGUUCUGAAAGGAGAUCAAUAAUAAAUCUAAGCAUUCUCAGCUGGAUCGCACUUGACCCCUGCAAAAUAAAGGAGUUCUACUGGGUUAUCUCAUUUCUUGGACUGAAUAUAAACGAUAAUAAAGUUCCAUCAUUGUCCCUCACAUGGGGGGUGGGGGGGGUAUCAUGUACAAAUUCCAACCCAUUGGGCCGCGGAGAGAAGUUCCCUUUGUGUUAAUAUGUCUGCUCACAGUAACAUUCAGAAAUCUUUUAAUUUAAUAAACAUUGUUACAGUCACUCA